AUGUUUGUGAGAUCCGGUGUUUUUGGAGCCCGUAUGGCCGGUAUGCAAACCGCUAGAAACUAUGCGACACUUCGUGAAAUCGAAAUGCGUUUGAAGUCGAUCAAAAACAUUGAGAAGAUCACCAAGACCAUGAAGAUUGUGGCCUCUACCCGUUUGUCCAAGGCCGAAAAGGCCAAGGCUUCUGCCAGAGAAUAUUCCGUGGCAGAAGACGCGUUUUACCAGAAUGCUGAAACCAAGGAUUUGCAAGCUGAAAAACCAAGAGAACUUAUCGUGGCCGUCACCUCCGACAAAGGUCUAUGUGGCUCGAUCCACUCGCAAUUGGCCAAGGCUGUGCGUAAGGAAGUGGCCAAGUCACCCGAGACGGACAUUGUGUGCAUCGGUGACAAAGUCAAGGCUCAACUACUAAGAACCCAUGGUGACCGCGUUAAAUUGACCUUCAGCGGUGUUGGCAAAGAAGCCCCAACCUUUGAAGAAUCGGCACUCAUUGCCAACCAAAUUCUCAAACUCGGUGACGGCUACUCCAAGAUCCACGUCGUGUACAACAAGCCAGUUUCCUCCAUAUCUUUUGAACCAAGAAUCAAGCCAGUGUACAGCGUCGAAGCCAUCGAGCAAUCGCCUUCGUUUGCCAAGUUCGAAAUCGACGCCGACAGCAAGGUUUCCCAGGACUUGUACGAGUUCACUUUUGCCAACCAGAUUCUCACAGCCAUGGCCGAUGGUUACGCUGCCGAGAUUUCUGCCAGAAGAAACGCCAUGGACAACGCUUCCAAGAACGCUGGUGACAUGAUCAACAAGUACUCCAUUCUGUACAACAGAACCAGACAAGCCGUUAUCACCAACGAACUGGUCGAUAUUAUCACUGGUGCUUCCUCUUUGGGCUAA